UAUACACAUUUUUAAAUUGUAAAAUUAAUGAUUUUUCUAUAUGUGCUGAAGUUUUAAUUGUCAUAUGUAUAUUUGUAGGUAGAUUCGUCAAUUAACAACAUGAAUUUGUUCAUAAAAACUAAUGAAAACGUUUCGAAAAAUUUCAACCUCGAAUUCGACAACUCUAAAAUUGAUAAGCAUACGAUCAGAAAACAAAUCACGUGUGUAAAUAUGUCUCAUAUUGAAAGAGGACUACAUCAGACGAAAAAUAUAUAACAGAAAGGAAAAUCACAGAAAUGGGAGUACAGAGCUCUAAACGACAGGAUACAGGUGAUGACAUAAUAUCACAAAAGUCUCUGGAUGCAGUGAAAGAACUUAUACAUUUUUUGAAAGAACAUGCUAGAGUGGAAGGAUUAUUUCGUAGGGCAGGACGUCGUGAGCUUCGACAGUAUAUUCUUAAUUCCCUAAAAAAAGGUCAUAAGCCGCACUUUGAAGAUCCAAACAAUGUAGCUCUGGAAUGCGCAGCAGCUUUACAGAUUUUUCUCAGUCAUUUAAAAAAGCCUAUUAUGCCGCAACAUGUGCAAGAAUUGAUUCUCGCUGACAAUCCAGGUAUAGAAGCACAAGUUAUUGCGCAGGAUGCUUUAGGACUUAUUAGACAGGAUGUCGGUGGUCGUCAUGGCGAGCUUUUGAUUGACGUCUUAGAUCUUUUAAGACACUUGACUUUAGCAGGACCUCCAUCUGAGUGUUCAGAACUGCGCGGAUCUCCCUUGCCCAUUGCUCUUUUGCCAGUGUUUUUUAAUCUAUUGCCUGGCGAUUUGAUACGAUGGAAGCAAGUAGCAGCUAGAUUUAAUGAAUUAAUUACGGAAGCCGCCACGCAAUUUCGUCGGAAUGAACAGCGUGAUAUUCAUACGGAAACUAUGCUAAAUUCUGCGACAAAUUAUGCCAAUAUAACGUCGGUUUCGCUAGAAGAGUCAGAAGAAUUAACGAGAUUGCAAGAACUUUCUUUAUUAUAUCCUCUCGUUCGACUCACAGAUCAUUGUAAUGCUUGUCAUAUUGGCGAGAUGGCACGUGUCCUCAUUACACCGUUACAACAUCCGGUCGUCAGCAGAUUACACUCGAUAAUAGUUAAUCCUAAUUAAGUAAAAAUCGAGUAAAUAUGCAAAUUAUUUCGGGUUAUAAAUCAUUAUGUCCAUAUUGUUGCAAUUUUGUUUAUGUUAAUUAUUAAGUGACUCAAUUGUAUCUCAAUUAAAAUAUUACGUUUGUCGGUAAAAUGUUAUAUGCUGGCCAAUGAAGAAUAAACACAUACUUAUUCAUUAUAAAAUUAACGCAAACAUAACUAUAUCUGUAAUAGUGAAGAUAUAUUCACAUUUGAAGAAAUAUGAACUAUGUAUUUGCAACACAUAUAUUUUUGAGUGCUUCUAUACAUCAAACUGCAAAUAAAAAUUUGAUACACUU